UCGCGGCGCGCGCGCAGCCAACGCACGCGUUUAUACAAAUCACAAGAGUAAUUAUAUAGAGGUUUAAACCAUGUUGCGGCAAGUGGUAUUAUUCGCAAUCUUCUUACAGACGGGCAAAAAUGUUUUGGUGCACUCAGCCAAACAGCAGGUCCAGCUUUCCGACUCGUACUUACCCGUCGCCAUGCAGGUGAUCGCGCACCUUACAGACCAGAUGUCAUUCGAGGUCAAAGAUGACGUACCUCAAAAACCACCCCCGACCACCCCUAAACCACUUGACCUCACCACAAAGCAUCACAAGCCAGGUUUAUACUCGCCAUCAUCACCACCAAAACCUUCCGACCGGCUGCACUCAAAAACCGAGCCCUUCGUUCUCUUGCCAGUCGAACAGCACUCUCAAUACACGCUAAUACAGCCCCAAGAGACGAACACAGAAGAGCCAUUAUUGUCUGCACACAACGAGCAAGUUAAGCCCAUUAUGGAACCAGCGCCAAACGAUCCCCAUUUGCUACCACCUUACGAUGAUCUAAAAGUAUCCAGUCGUUCUGGUGAUGAUGAUAUAGAUGAAGAGAACUUGCAGUAUCUAUCACCGAACGUGAGGGAUAUGAUCAGGAUGGCAAGGGAUCCUGAUGAUGACAGGGUGGUGGAUAUCUGGGAAGGGUUAAGGGCCAAUCCUGCUGAACCGUCGUCGAAGGGAAAAUUGUCGUCGUCCAAUUUGAGACUCUUACUUUUGUACGAUCUGUUGAGCAGAGACGCGAAGAGGCAGAGACUGUCGGAUUAUAGCGGCUUCUCCCCCGACGUGAUGAAGACCCUAGUAGAAUCAUCAAGCGGCGGUGCGCGCGCGCAGCUCAGCCUGGCGCUUUCUAAGAUGGUGGAGCGGAAUGACUGCGGACAUGACUACGCGAACAAUAGAGCCAAGGAAAUGGUUGUGGAGUUGGCGAAAGAUGACUCGACUUUGUCCUCUGAAUUGAGAUACUUGCAACCCCUUGUUUAUAAGUAUUAGGUGUAUGUUGGUCAAACCCUUAUACAGGAAUUGGAGAUAAGAUAUUAAAAUUAAAAGUAUUAUAACAUUCUAAUACAUAUACAAGUAAUUCACAGAAAAAUGUAAACUUUAAUAGGUAAAUACUCUAUAGUUAGAGUAAAGGCAGGGAUGUAAAACUUAAACUUAUUCUAAUACUAAAGUAUAGUACCUACUGAUAUGGAAAAACGUUUAUUUUUCAAAUAUUUCCGACUGAUCUCUCUUUGAGAAGUCUAUUUUUGACUAAGUACUAUAAAGUUAAAAGUUUUGAAAAUACGAGUUCAUGAAUAAGGGUUUAAGAAUUUCAAGUCAAAAUGGUUAUUUUGGUGCAUUUUUAUCGAAUUUAUAAAUAUUUAUUACAUUUAGGGCCGAUUUUUCAAUCCUUGGUUAAAAUUUAUCCGUCCACUUUACUUAUAAGUAGGUAUUUCACGAACAUUUUAA